CGCGCCUUCCCGAGAUCUCAUUCCUUGUUCAAUACCCUCAUCUCCUCUUCCCGAAAAACCGCAACAAUGGAAGGCGAAGUCGAUGCCUGGAUCGAGCAGCUCAGCCAAUGCAAACAACUCUCGGAGGCCGAUGUUAAGAAACUCUGCGACAAAACGAGGGAGAUCCUCAUGGAGGAGAGCAAUGUGCAGCCCGUGCGCUGCCCAGUAACCGUCUGCGGAGACAUCCACGGCCAGUUUCACGACCUAUCAGAGCUCUUCCGCAUCGGCGGCAACUCGCCCGACACCAACUACCUCUUCAUGGGCGACUACGUCGACCGCGGCUACUACUCCGUCGAGACCGUCACCCUCCUCGUCGCGCUCAAGCUGCGCUACCGCGACCGCGUCACCAUCCUCCGCGGCAACCACGAGUCCCGCCAGAUCACGCAGGUGUACGGCUUCUACGACGAGUGCCUGCGCAAGUACGGGAACGCGAACGUGUGGCGCUUCUUCACCGAUCUCUUUGAUUUCCUCCCUCUCACCGCCCUCAUCGACCAACAAAUAUUCUGUCUCCACGGUGGGCUGUCACCGUCGAUCGACACGCUUGACCACGUUCGGUCUAUCGACCGCGUGCAAGAAGUGCCCCACGAGGGCCCCAUGUGCGACCUGCUCUGGUCCGACCCAGACGACCGCUGCGGUUGGGGGAUCUCGCCGCGCGGCGCCGGCUACACCUUCGGACAGGAUAUCUCAGAGGCGUUCAACCACAACAACGGUCUGACGUUGGUGGCCCGGGCGCACCAACUUGUCAUGGAGGGCUACAGCUGGGGGCAGGAUAGGAAUGUGGUCACCAUCUUCAGUGCACCGAAUUACUGCUACAGAUGCGGCAACCAGGCCGCAAUCAUGGAGAUCGAUGAGAAGUUGUCGUACAGCUUCUUGCAAUUCGACCCCGCGCCGAGAGCAGGCGAGCCGCUCGUGUCGCGUCGUGUACCCGACUAUUUCCUCGUGAGUGUCUCAGAGCUAAGCGACCCUUCCGCGCCAUGCUAACCCGAAUCCAGUGAUGUUAGAGCCGUGCCCAUAGUGUAAUUCUCAUAGGAAGAUCGAUUGAAGAUAAUCUGUGC